CAAGCUGUUCUACAGUUCAGUUGCAAUACGGUGAUCAUACGAAAAGGUACUCACGAUGCCUAGCUGGUGGUGUUGCUGUUGUCUCGUCGUGCUACUGUACGCUCAGCGGAUGAUCGUCCCAAGCAGUGCGCAGAACGAUGGCUCAGAUGAACUGCAAGAAUGUCCGGGAGGAUUCUGUUCGCCCAAGUAUCUCUGCCCGAACGGUACGUACAACGAGGCGAAUGCGCAGAACCAGGAAAUCAUUAUGCUGCGCUUCGGCGAGGAAGACGUGUGCCAGGACUAUAUGCAAGUGUGCUGCUCAAAUGCGACGAGCAUGCGAUAUGAGUUGGUGACUAACAACGAACCCAUAGAAUAUGGCUGCGGCAUAAGCAAUCCGGGAGGAUUGAUUUAUCAAGUGGAGGGAAACCGUACGUACGCACAGUACGGUGAAUUUCCUUGGGUUGUGGCGAUUCUGAAAGCCUUCUACUCGUCCAACGAGCAGCAGUUUACCUACGUUGGUGGAGGUACGCUUAUACAUCCGAGAUUCGUUGUUACGGCUGCACACAUUUUUAACAAAACCGAAAAUCUCGUCGCUAGCUUCGGCGAGUGGGACAUGAACCGGGAUGAGAACGUGUACCCGAAACAGAACAUUGAUAUCGAUCGGACCAUAAUCGUUCAUCCCGAGUACAAUAGCGUGGGACUGUUGAACGAUAUUGCGUUGGCGCAGCUAAAGCAGAACGUGGUCUACGAUAAGCAUAUCCGGCCGAUAUGUCUGCCCAACCCAACCGAUCGAUUCGAUGACCAACUCUGCAUUUCCACCGGCUGGGGUAGAGAGGCGCUAACCAGCGCUUACGCGAAUGUGUUAAAGCGAGUCGACCUGCCGGUAAUAGCGAGAGCUUCCUGCAAAAAGUUGUUUGCCGAAACCCGGCUGGGACCGUUCUUCCGCCUGCACAAGAGCGUUCUUUGUGCCGGUGGUGAGGAAGGUGCGGACAUGUGCGACGGGGAUGGCGGUUCCGGGCUGGCUUGUCCGAACGGGUCGGGUGCGUACGUUCUGGCGGGAAUUGUUUCGUGGGGCUUGAGCUGCCAUCAGCAGAACGUACCCGGUGCUUACGUGAAUGUGGCACGAUUUGUAACGUGGAUUAAUGCUACAAUUGAGGGAAUACUGUGAUUGUCAGUGAUUGGAAGCGAAGGGCCAUGGAUGGAGAUUGUGUUACCGAAUAAAGGAUCUGAUUGCAGAAGAA